AUGGCGGAGGCCGCGCCGCAGGGCCCGCCGCCCCCCGCGGGGCUGCUGGAGCUGUGCGCGCUGCUGGGCGCGCCCCGGGGGCGCCGGCGCGGCCCGGAGCAGGUGGCCCAGAAAAAGGGAGUCAAAGGCGUUUCUCUGGAGCCGGAGGUCCUGUCCGUGUUCGUGCCUCCGUUCGUCUGCCAGGAGGAUGGCCGUGCAGCCAGCGCCAAGGGUGCCACGCUGAGCAAGGCCCGCAGGCGCUCCUUCAGGAAGAAACGGGAGCGGCCCAGCGCCGAGGCCUGGCAGGACCAGCCGGGGGGCCCCCGCGGGCCGGAACCUGAGGACAUCAGCGUCCCCGACGGCGUGGACCUCCUGGCCCUGCCUCAGCUGUGCUUCCCAGGGGGCAUGUGUGUGGCCUCUGCACCCAAGGAGGACUAUGUCCACUUUCUGGUGCUCACUGAUGUCUGUGGGAACAGAACCUAUGGUGUGGUUGCCCAGUACCACCGACCCCUGCAGGACGAGCACUGCUUCUACAACGGAAGAGCACACAGGGAGCCGUCGGGCCCGACCGCCAGCGCUGCCGGCUGCUUCGUGCCCUUCGCCGUGUGCGUGGUGUCCCGGUUCCCCUACUACAACGCCUUCAAGGACUGCCUGUCCUGCUUAUUGACUCAGCUGAAGCUCUGCAAAGAUUUUGAAGUUGACAAUCACAUAAAAGACUUUGCUGCAAAACUGUCCUUAAUACCCAGCCCGCCGCCUGGACCACUCCAUUUGAUGCUCAACAUGAAGCCCCUGCAGGUUGUGUUUCCCUCCCGCGCGGACCCCGACAGCCCCCUCAUCGACCUGGACCUCCACCUGCCCUUCCUGUGCUUUCGGCCCGAGAAGGUGCUCCAGAUCCUGACGUGCCUCCUGACGGAGCAGCGUGUGGUGCUGUUCUCCUCCAACUGGGCCCUGUUGACGCUGGUGGCCGAGUGCUUCCUGGCCUUCCUGCACCCGCUGCAGUGGCAGCACACCUUUGUGCCCGUCCUGUCGAGCCAGAUGCUGGACUUCCUCAUGGCUCCCACCUCCUUCCUCAUGGGCUGCCACCUCGACCACUUUGAAGAAGUCAGCAAGGAGGCAGACGGGUUGGUCCUGAUCAGCGUGGACAGCGGGAGUGUCACCUGCUCCAAUGACCAGGGAGUCUCCGUUCCCAACGUCCCGCUGCUGGAAGCGCAGACCUUCAUCCAGAGGGCCCAGAGCCUGCGGCUGCACUAUGAGCUGGACCUCGCCCACCUGGCGGCCAGCACGGACCUGAGCGAGGGGCGAGCCCGCAGGCGGGCCUGGCAGCAGGACCUCAACUGCCAGAUCCAGCACAUGGCGCUGCAGCUGCUGGUCGGCAUCUUCAGGGAUGUGAAGAACCACCUCAACUACGAGCACCGCGUGUUCAACAGCGCGGAGUUCCUCAAGACCAGGGCCCCAGGGGACCAGCAGUUCUACCGGCAGGUCCUGGACACGUACAUGUUUCAUUCUUUCCUCAAAGCCCGGCUCAGCAGAACUAUGGAUGCCUUCGCUCAGAUGGACCUUAGCACGCAGUCCAAGGAGGACAGGAUCAACGGGAUGCUCAUCAGCCCACGGAGACCAACCAUCGAGAAAAUUGCCUCCCGGAAGCCUUCGGCCCUGCAGGUGGCGCACCGGCGCAUGGUGGUCAGCAUGCCUGACCUGCAGGCCAUCACUGUCCCCGAGCUGCUGCCCCGCAACUCCUCGCUGCGGACACCGGGCCCUGUGGGCCACGGGGACAGCCCCGCCGUUCCGAAUGUGCCCCCUAAGGCAACAUACACCUUCAAGAUCCCCGAGGUCCACUUUCCGCUGGUGAGCCAGUGCGUGCAGGCCUACUACACGGACUGCGUGGCCCUGCUGACCAAGGCCAUGGGGCUGCUGGCCCCUGACCACUCGGCGCUGCUGGCCAGGUACUUCUACCUGCGGGGGUUCGUGUACCUGAUGCAAGGCCAGCUGCUGGCCGCCCUGCUCGACUUCCAGAGUCUGUACAAGACGGAUGUGAGGAUCUUCCCUGCCGCGCUCGUGAGGAGGACGGUGGAGUCCAUGGCAGCCCCCGAGCGGGCCCAGGCCGAGUGCACGCCUGAGCUCCGGCGGCUCAUCAGCGAGGUCACGGACCAGCCCUGCGAGGCCCCCAAGGCCGACGACCGCGUCAAGAACUUCGAGCUGCCCAGGCAGCACAUGCCGCUGGACGACUUCGUGAAGCGGGUCCAGGAGUCGGGCAUCGUGAGGGACACCAGCACCAUCAACCGGCUGUUCGAAGCAUUGACUGUGGGGCACCAGAAACUGAUUGACCCGGACACGUUCAGGGAUUUCUACACCUGCUGGAAGGAGACAGAGGCCGAGGCCCAGGAGGUCAGCCUGCCCCCGUCGGCGGUGGAGCGCCUGGACAAGAACGAGUGUGUGUACAAGCUGUCCAGCUCCGUCAAGACGAGCCGCGGUGUGGGCAAGAUCGCCAUGACGCAGAAGCGCCUGUUCCUCCUGACCGAGGGGCGGCCCGGCUUCGUGGACAUCGCCGCCUUCAGGGACAUCGAGGAGGUGCGCAGCACCACGGUGGCCUUCCUGGUGCUGAGGAUCCCCACCCUGAAGAUCAAGACGGCGGCCCGGAAAGACGCGUUUGAGGCGAACCUGAAGACCGAGUGCGACCUGUGGUGCCUGAUGGUGAAGGAGAUGUGGGCGGGCAAGCAGCUGGCCGACGGCCACAAGGACCCCCAGUACAUCCAGCAAGCGCUCACGCACGCCCUGCUGAUGGACGCGGUGGUCGGCACGCUGCAGUCGCCCGGCGCCAUCUACGCGGCGUCCAAGCUGUCCGUGUUCGACAAGAUGAAGACGGAGAUGCCCAUGGCCAUGCCCAAGACCACCUCAGAGACACUGAAGCACAAAAUCAACCCGUCAGCUGGGGAGACGCUGCCGCUGGCUGUGGACGUGCUGCUGUACACGCCAGGGCACCUCGACCCGGCGGAAAAAGCGGAGGACGCGCACCCCAAGCUGUGGUGCGCCCUCAGCGAGGGCAAAGUGGUCGUGUUCGAUGCCUCCUCCUGGACCGUCCACCAGCACUGCUUUAAAGUGGGCGCUGCGCGGCUGACCUGCAUGGCCAUGGUGGAGCAGAGCCAGGUGUGGGUGGGCUCCGAGGACUCAGUCAUCUACAUCAUCAGCGUCCACAGCAUGUCCUGCAACAAGCAGCUCACGGACCACCGCCAUGGCGUCACCCACCUGGCCGUGCCCGCCACCGCCUCGGCGCCCAGCGAGGUGUACUCCUGCAGCGUGGACGGCACGGUCCUGGCCUGGAACGCGAGCACACUGCGGGUGACCAGCCGGUUCCAGCUGCCCGGCAGCAGGCUCUCGUCCAUCAGCCCCCACGAGGGUCACCUGUGGUGCUGCACGGGGGACAGCAUCGCAGUGGUGACCACGAGCGGGUUUCUUCGCCAAGAGCUGAGGAUUGAUGAGAACUCCCGAGAGACAGGCACCUCCUUCCUGGGCUUCCAGCUCCUCCCCGAGCAGGAGCAGCUGUGGGCGGCCUACACCGGGUGCCCCAACAUCUACAUCUGGAGCCUGAAGGACCUGGCCCGGCCGCCGGAGAGGAUCCCCCUUCAGGACUGCGCCGAGGUCACGUGCAUGAUCAGGGUGAAGAGCCAGGUCUGGGUGGGCGGCACGGGGCUGUCGCCUGGGGCAGCCAAGGGGAAGAUCUACGUGAUCGACGCCGCGAGGAGGGCGGUGGAGAAGGAGCUGGCGGCCCACGCGGACUCGGUGCGGACCCUGUGCUCGGCCGAGGGCAGAUACGUGCUGAGCGGCUCGGGCCAGCAGGAGGGCAAGAUCGCCAUCUGGACCGUGGAGUGAGCGUGGGGCAGCACGCCUCGGGCCUCACGCCGCUUCCUGGGGCUCCCCGGGGCCCAGUUCCGACACCAGCCCCUGCGCGUUCUCUGGGGCUCACCGGGGAACGGCGCCAACGGCUUCCGGGCCAGGGGCCUCCCGGGCCGCCGCCGGCCUCCGUGGUGACCUCCGCUGAGAAGUCCCCGCUGCGUGGUCUAGAAAGCGCCAAGCCCGGAGGCAGCCGAAGCGGUCAGCGAGCCGCGGUGACCCGCAGCCCGGGCCCUGGCCGCCUCCCUCCUUCCUCCACUCACACUCGGCGGGCGUGGGGCCCGCGCCGGCCU